AUGCCUUUCCCCUUUGUCCUUCCGACGACCUCGGCUUUCUCAUUCUCAUCCAGCUUCGGCAGCGACACUCACCCAUCACUGCCCCUCAGUUCCAGCACAUAUCGCGGGGUUGUGAGAGACGCUCUCAAGAAACACAAGCGGUUACCGCCCACAUCGCAAUCCUCCCAUGUCUCCACGGUCAUUGGCGCUCUGAACGGUUACAUCCCUUAUCUCCUCGCCAUUGACGCUGGCCUCAACCCGACAACUCAGUCCGGCGAUUACAUCAAUCUUAACACCAAGGUGCCGCCGUCCAUCGAAUGGCGACCCACGCUCUCAGACAACGCAGUGCCCGGCAGAGAGCAGGCCCGGGUGAAAGUCCAAUCCAUAGACCAUGAGAUAGCAUUUACACUUUCUACCCUGGCUAACUCAUACACAUUGGUUGCCCGGGCUGCUCUGCACCCUUUGUAUGUCACAACACAGACUACGCUGGACAGUCAGCAGCGCACAGCCGCCAUCCAAACCGCCACCAAAUACCUCUUGGACGCCGCAUCCAUCUACGACUACAUAGCCUCUCGUGCAGAGAGGGUCCAGGUCGCACCACCCUGCAGCGACGUCUCGCCCUCAACCCUUCGGGCCAUGUCGUCCUUGGCUCUCGCUGAGGCGACUCUACUUGCCGUGUUGAAGGACGAUCCCUACCCGGCCAUAAUUGCUCAGGAUCGCAACAAGAACGAUCGCGAAUGGAUGUACAAAGCCCCCGAUAUCCCCAAGGUUCGUGCCCACCUCUUUGCGCGCCUCUGCCUCGCCGCCGCCGAGCACGCCGCCCAGGCUUCCUCUCUUUGCCAAGCUGCGGGGCGGGGCUCCAGCAAGAUAAACGAGGCACUGCUCCGCUAUCUCGAGGAUCUCCGGAGGGCUUGUCGCGCAAAGGCCUGCCGCUUCUUCGGAAUCGACGCCGAGAUUGGCGGACAAGUCGGCGUGGCCAUUGCCUGGCUUCAGGCCGGCCUCCAGGAGUUGGGGAUCGAGUCCAAGCACUCUAACAAGAGCACUGGUUUCGGGCGUAUUAAAAAGGAGUGGAGCGAGAAACGCGAGGAAAGAAAGAUCGAGAAGGAGACAGCAUGGGGUGCGGACGGAGGAAAGGGCGAGGAGACACGCGUGAUUGAGUUCCUCGAAGGGAAAUGGCACAAGCUCAAUGACACGAUGAAUGUACAGAUCAUACCCCCGAUUGGUCCUUUGCUGGCACAGAUGCCAUCCGGCCGAGAGAUGCACGCUCUCAAGUCGUAUCAACCACCGACACUGGACCGCAGCCUCCUGGAGGCCAUGCGUGCGCCGCCCGAGAGAGGUGAUCAUUAUGGUGAUGCCUUGAGCUCAGAUGACGAAGCAAAGGGUCACGCUGGGCCACCUGGUGGCUAUCCUGAAUCGAGACCUGAGUACAGGAGUGCGAGCACGUCCUAUUACUAG